GCCGCCAUCAACGCGGCGCCUGCCACCCGCCUCGCCGGCGCCGGUGCCGCUGCCGCUGCCCGCCGCUCCUAUGCCACCGCCAGCCAGCUCACCCACCCCGACCCGACCGAGGACUCAGCCAGCGGCAAGAUGGUCCGCGAGCACGUCCCCUACAUGGUGACCACCUACUCUCGCCCUCCUCCCGUCUUCGUCAAGGGCAAGGGCUCCUACCUCUGGGACUUGGAGGACCGCAAGUACCUCGACUUCACGUCGGGUAUUGCUGUUAACUCGCUCGGUCAUUGUGACGAGGAGUUUUCCAAGAUUAUUGCUGAGCAGGCCCAAGAACUAGUCCACGCCUCCAACCUCUACUACAACCCCUGGACCGGCGCGCUCUCCAAGCUCCUCGUCGAAUCCACCAUCGCCUCGGGCGGCAUGCACGACGCCUCCUCCGUCUUCAUCUGCAACUCCGGGUCCGAAGCCAACGAAGCCGGCAUCAAGUUCGCCCGCAAGGUCGGCAAGGUGCUCGACCCCUCGGGUUCCAAGAUCGAAAUUGUCUCCUUCCAAAACGCCUUCCACGGCCGCACCAUGGGUUCCCUCUCCGCCACGCCCAACCCCAAGUACCAGGCCCCCUUCGCGCCCAUGGUGCCCGGUUUCAAAGUGGGCACCUACAACGACAUCGCCUCCAUUUCGUCGCUGGUAACCGAAAAGACCUGCUCCGUCAUCGUAGAGCCCAUCCAGGGUGAGGGCGGCGUGAUGCCCGCCACCGAGGAAUUUCUGGUGGCGCUGGGCAAACGCUGCCGCGAGGUGGGCGCUUUGUUGCACUACGACGAGAUCCAGUGCGGCAUGGCCCGCACGGGAACCUUCUGGGCGCACUCCUCCUUGCCCAAGGAAGCCCACCCGGACAUCCUGACGACCGCCAAGGCGAUCGGUAACGGCUUCCCGAUCGGCGCCACCAUCGUCAACGAGCACGUUGCCUCCAAGAUCAAGGUCGGCGACCACGGUACUACCUUUGGCGGCAACCCGCUUGCGUGCCGCUUGGCGCAUUACAUUGUCGGUCGGUUGGCCGAUAAGGGACUCCAAGAAGGAGUCAAGAGCAAGAGCGAGAUCUUUGUCAAAGGGUUUGAGAAGCUCAGGCAAAAGUUCCCGAGCUUGAUUAAGGAGGUCAGAGGUAAGGGAUUGAUUUUUGGCUUGCAGUUGAGUGAGGAUCCUACGCCGGUUAUUAAGGCGGCGAGGGAGAGGGGACUGUUGGUUAUCACCGCGGGAACGAAUACGCUCAGGUUUGUGCCGAGUUUGCUGGUGACGGAGGGGGAGAUUGAGGAGGGGUUGAGGAUUUUGGAGGAGAGUUUUGAGGAGGUUAUGGUUAAGGCUUAGGAGUCUUGAGUGAGGUGGUUGGGAUUUGGAGUUGGUAAUGUUUGAGCGGAUUCGUUUACAUUAGCUGGAUGGAUGUGUAUAGGGGGGUACAUAAAAGGCCUGGCUGGGAUGGAUGGAUGGAUGCUGUACGGUUGAUGGGGUUUCUUUUUGCUAAAAUGGGAAGACAAAAACAGUUCAAAUUCUUUAA